CCGCCGACAGGGCCCCGCCUGGGAAGAUGGCCUGCUAUGGGAAGUGCAUUGAAACUGUGAUCAAGCAACUGGACCAGUUUAAACCUGAGAAGGACAGUCCUGAGCAGUUCCUGGAGACUGUGUCCACCUCCCUGCAGACUCUGAGUCCCCAGAAGCAGGCGUUCAUCCUGGAGAUUCUGUCCGGGUGCCUGGAGUACCAGAAGCUGCUGACCAUCGUGGUGGACGCCUUCUACUUGCGGGACGGCCGGCUCUGCCUGUGGGCCGACUACAGCCUCUUUGAGGUGAUCUGCUACCUGGCCGCCUUCCAGCUGGAGGAACUCGGCCUUCAGCUCUUCCGUGACAUCGUCAAGUCCCAGCCUGUCCACAAAGUGUGCAAGUUCCUCAGGUUCUUCUUCAACCCCCUGAACCUUGGCUCAUGGAUCAAGGACGAGUGGAGCCUUGUGUACGAGACCGCCUACGUGAGAGAGAACUGGAUCGACCCCCUGAUGAGGUGGCAGCCGGAGGUCCAGGAACUGAUCAACCAGCUGCAGGGACCAUUGACCAAUCAGUCCCCUGUUUCAAAGACCAAGGCCAAAGUCACAGAGCCCAAGGAGUUCAACCUGACGGCCCCCAGGCCCCGCACCAUUCCAGUGCCUGAGCCAGUCCCUGAGGUGGCCAAGACAAAGCCAGUCCCCAGGAGCACCUACCAGCCGCCCAAGGAGCAGCAUUUACUGGAGAUGACCAAGAGAUACAACCGCUGGAAAGCGGAGGAGCUGCUGCUGAGGGCCAACAUCGAGGAGAGGCGGUGUGCCAUGUCCAGGGCCCGGGGGGCGCCCCCGCUGCAGGACUCCAGGAAGAAGCUGCGGCGCCGAUUCCUGCCCCAAAUCCUCAAGACUCCAAAACUGACUUUCUACAGGUCUAACGACAGUGCUCCGGUCAAGCUGAACACUGCUGCCAUCCUGCGAGAAGGGGCCUUGUUCCAGCGGCAGGUGGAGAAGGAGCUGCAGAGGGUGGACAGGCUUGUGGAUGGCGCGGGGGACUUCUCCGGGUUCCUCGAGUGGCAGAAGAAGAUGCAGGCAAAGGACCAGGCAGAGCAGCUGGCUGCGGGCCAGUGCCGGAGGCUGCAAGGCAAGCUCAGCCACGAGGAGGCCGUCCUGGCGCGGCAGCAGGUUGUGCAGGAGAAGAAGCAGAAGGCCGACCGGAAGAAGGCGGAGACAGCUGAGCUGAUGCAGCAGUGUGCUGAGCGGCGCCUCCAGGAGGAAAGGUCCAUGAAGGAGCUGGUGGAGCAGGUGAUGGAGACACAGAAGAACGUCAAGGUGGCACAGACUAAGCUGCUGAAGGGCCGACGGCAGACAGUCCAGGAGGUGAUAGAGGAGAGCCGGGAGCUGCUGCAGCGCAGCGCAGAGGCAGCCAGGGAGGAGCACAGGCGGCGCUUCGAGCUCAUUUCCCAGCUGCGAGCCCUGGAGACUCAGCCCACACGCAGGGACAAGCUGGUGGACCUGACACAGAUCCCCGGCUACGGCCUGGAAGGGGAGAUGUCCGUGGUAGAGUUGCGAGAGCGGCUGGCCCUGCUCAAGGAGACUCAGCAGCGGAAGGAGGAGGAGAAGCGGGACCAGAUCAUCCAGGGCAAGCGCGCCAAGAGCCGGGAGCUGCAGAACACGGUGGAGCAGAUUGCGUUGUGCCGCGCGGCCAUGGGGAGAUCUGCUGCCCUGAGGUGGGAGGAGAAGAAAGUGCAGUCGGCGGCCCAGAGAGCGCCCUCUCAGGACGAG